CCGAACGGCCGGGCCAGCAGCUCGCUGUCCUGUAUCUUGUGUCCUGUGUCCCGUGUCCUGCUGUCCCGUGUCCCGGUUCUUCUGCCUAAUCCUUCUUUGGAUCCUGGGCUGCAACCAGAAGAAAUCCUGUGGAAAAAAGUGUUGGAAGCACACAGGGAGCAGAGGCCUGAGGAGCCUGGAAUUCCAUGUGCAGUGACGCCCGGGAUGGGGCUGUUCCGGCACGCGCUGCCCGGAGCCGUUCUCCCGUUCCUCAUCCUCUCAGGAAAUUGGCUUUCAGCUGAGAACAUCAACUUUCACAACAUCAGGCCUCCACUAGACCCCACUCCAUUCCCAAACAGUUUCAAGUGCUUUACCUGUGACAACGCCGUGGACAACUACAACUGCAACAGAUGGGCUGAGGACAGGUGGUGUCCUGAAAGCACUCAGUACUGCCUGACAGCUCACCUGUUCACAGCGCUGGGCCAGAGCACCUCGGUCACCAAGAGGUGUGCCACGGGCGAGGAGUGCCACCGGGCGGGCUGCCACCGCCGCGGGGACAGCGGCCACACGGAGUGUGUUUCCUGCUGUGAAGGCAUGAUCUGCAACGUGGAGCUCCCCACCAACGCCACCAACGCGGUGUUUGCUGUGCUGCAGGCGCGCAGGACGGCCGGGGGCGGCCGGGCUCUGCCCAGCCUGGCCCUGCUGGUGGCAGCGGUGACAGUGGCACUGUGCUGACCCGGCUGGCUCGGACAGAGCUGCUGGCACUGUCCCCAAGCCUCCAGCAGCUCCAAGGAGCAGUCGCUGGUGCUCCUCCAUCACUGGCGCUCCUCCAUCGCGGCGCAAAGGCGCGUCCUGAACUCCGUGGGUGUUCCAGUGGGAAUCCUUCCCUGUCAGUGUUGGAAAACCCCACCAAAUCCACCCCAGUGGGGUGGACUCACGUUUUAAUCCCCUGUUUUCUGAGGAAAAUGCACAUUUCCGUGGUUUUUCGGACAGAGCUGUGGCAACCACAAUCAAAAGGAGCUUUGGAUGGGUGAUGUGGGAAGGUGGAAACUGGAUUUAAAUGUUUUAUGUGCAGAAACAACACAGUUUCUUAUCUUAGCAGAAUUUGUUGAGUUUAUCUUGAUUUCAUGGAGAACACCUCUGGUUUUCAGAGAGGUUGGGGUUUUUUUCUGCUUGAUCCCAGCUCUCAUUUCCCCUGGCAGUAAUAGAAAAUUAAAUAUUUUCUUUCUGUAUAACAUUUCCUCCUCCUCCCAUUUUAAAGCUGUGGGAAGUGUAGAAUUCCUGAAAAUCCUGUUGGAGCACCCAGAGCAGAAUUCCUGAUCUUCCAAACCUAAGGGAUUAUUUCCUUGCAAUUGAGUCUCACCUCAGAAUAUCACAAAAGUAUCAAAUUUGUGAUGUUGGGAUAUCACGGCUUUGAAAUCAC